AUGUCUGGUACUACAGCAACUUCAAACGCCAGCUCGUCCAGCGCGCCUGUCAUCCAGGACAAGAUGGAUUACCCUUCCCUUGCUGAAGGCCAUGCAGAACCUACCGUGGCACACGUAAAGGUGGUGGGUCUCGGUGUGAAUGUGUAUGGUCUUAAAGAGGCCUGUGAACAACAAAAGCCUCUGACUAUGAUGAUUGCCGCGCAUGGGAGGAUGAACUCGCAAAAGAACAUGAAGUACUUUGCUCAGGGGAUCCUGGGAGAAGUUGCCAAGAAAGACGAGACGCACAAGAAGCGUAAUCUGGUCGUUGUCACACUCGAUCAACGAAACCAUGGCGAGAGAAUAGUCGACAAGACGGCGAACUUGUCUUUUGACCAAAAUCCUCGUCAUCUUAUCGAUAUGGCGGCCACUAUUCGUACGUCUUUGAUCAAGAAGCAACGAACCUGUACCGCGCUAACGUGUAAUUUAUCAGAGGGCGGUGUUCACGAUAUUCAAUUACUGAUGGAUUUCUUGCCGGCAUACCUCUUUCCCCACGGAGAGCUGACAGUGGAGGAGUGGGUCAUCACUGGUAUAUCGCUCGGAGGUCAUGUCACUUGGAAGCUUCUCCACGACGACCCCCGCGUCCAGAUUGGUAUACCCAUCAUCGGCCUCCCAUUCGAGUCCCUCCCCAAAUACCUCGGCGCCCGCGCUCUCAACAACGGCCUCACCUGGGGCCCUCCCACCUACCCUCCUUCUCUCCAACGAAUGAUCGAACCCUUCCGCGAUCUCACCUUCGAGCAGAAAGCCUACUCGGGAAAGAAGAUCCUCACCAUGCACGGUAAAGAGGACAAGCUCGUCCCGUUUGGACAGGGUGAAGGGGACAUCAAGCAGAUUGAGGACUGGGCGGAACAUGGGACAGAGAAGGGCGGGAUCUGCGCGAUUGAUGUGCAGGAUAAUGUGGGACAUGUGUGUACGGUUCAGAUGUUGAAGAAGGCCGCAGAAUGGACGUGGAGGUAUGCUCUGGUGGACGAAGAGGUGGGUGCGGAUAGUGCCCUGAAGGAGUUUUUCGGCAAGGGCAACUUGUAA